CUUGUGCCAAGGUCAUACUGAAGUAGGAGCCUGAAGGCCGGCCGCUGAUGGGAUGAAGUUCCGUGCAGAGGUGUCGAAUGUGAAGUAUUUCUAUCAGGUCGUGCAGAGUGUUGAGAAGGUCGCGAAGAAGUGCAUUAUCCGCCUUUCUCCAGAGAGUAUCGAGAUAAUAUGCGCAGAGGGGAACGAAGAGGGGAUUCAGGUGUGGUCGAAGAUAAACAAGGCAUGUCUUUAUCCCGAAACGCUUUUCACCGGAUAUCGGGUUCAAUCCAAUGCAGAUAAUAUCAUCUGUGCGGAUAUUGUGACCGAUUCGCUCGUUUCUGUCCUACGAGACUUGGCAACGACUGGCAAGUCCGGCACGCGCGAUACGGUGAUGAAGCUCGCGAAGAGGAAUGACCAAGCUGUGUUUGUGUUUGAGACGAAGGAUCACGUGCAUGUUGUCAUUCGUUCGCUGGGGCAAAUGCGUGGUGCAGUUGAGAAGAUGAAGGUGCUCGACGACAAGAUCAUGUUCUCUGCAAAUAAUAGAGGAGAACUGAUCCUAUCAGCGGAGACAAAAGAUAAGGAUAACAGCAUUAGGACGACGUGGGUUAACCUGACACAUCCAACUAUUGAGGCGGGAGAAGGUGCACCACCGAGAGAUCCACCAGAUCCAGAGAAACAUUUUGGUGCUACCAUGUCUGCUGCCAGCCUGUUGAAGUUCAUGAGCACAGCAACGAUCAACAAGACGACGUGUAUAGCCUGUAUCUGCGAGAACCACUGCCUGAUCAUGUAUGUGUACAUCGGGGAUCCGUCGGACUCGAACGGUAUCCUGACGUUCUACCUUCCUGCACGUCUUAGCGGGGAUGACGACUGAGCGCUUGCAGGAUGAGUGAGGGCUUUACAAUGUUUCUGGGUCUGCGUUGUCUGCACUGUACCGUUAGACUGAAUGAAUAUAUUAAAACG